GGGAGUUGAGUACAAUAGUUGAGCCUGUUUGCUUGCUCAGAGUGCUCGGCUGAAGAACUUUGCAGGUUACAUUUUCAUCAAAUCGAAGGAUAAUACAAAGUCAAGAGCUUGCUAAGGAGCAGAGGAUUCCAUCCAGAAUCCCAACAUAUAAAAAAGCCAUGGGGAUAUUAUACUCGCAGCCCAUCUGUCAGGCAGCUUAUAAUAAUGACUUCAGUGAACUGCAGCUCCUUCUGGAACAAGACAGCAAUUAUUUGAACAUCCAGGACAGCUUUGGAGGAGACACACCAUUGAUUUGUGCCUGCAAAAAGGGACACAACAGAAUUGUCAGUUAUCUUCUGAAAAUGAAUGCUGAUGUAAACAUAAAAAAUAAGAAAGAACGAACAUGUUUACAUUACGCUGUCAAAAAACGGUUCGGCUUCCUUGACUACCUGCUCAUUAUCAUCUUAAUGCCUGUUAUGCUUCUUGGGUAUCUGCUCAUGGUAUCCAGAAGUAAGCAGAAUGAAAAUCUUAUCAAGAUGCUACUUAGAGCUGGUGUUGAUGUUAAUGCUACAGAUGAUUCAGGAAGGACAGCACUCCACUAUGCCUGUGAAAUGAAGAACCCAUCCAUCGUUCCUCUACUUGUAGGAGCAGGUUCUGAUCUCUCUAUAAAGGACAAGGAAGGAGAGACUCCACUUGACAUAGCAAGAAGAUUAAAGUUCACCAACAUAGAAAACAUGUUAAGGAAGGAUACUUAGGCCAUAAUGUGAUGUUGUCAAGCCCUGGUCAGGGGAGGAAUCUAUGAGGGCAAUAAUAAGUCCCACAGCACCGACAUGUUAUAGUAACCUCAUGUUUAUAGCAGCUACCAAGUUUAUACAGCAUAGAUGGACUGUGUUAAAAUCUGCCACUCCGUAUGAAUAGCUAAUGUGACUUGACCAGAAGCACACGGUUAACAUUAUGAACAUUAAGAGCUAUUCAUUAUUUUCAUUCCCCUGUACCAAAGUAUGUUUGUAAAGAGUAUGAACAAUACUAUUUAUUUGAUGUAUACUAUCUGUAGCAGUUGCAACUGGAAACAGAUUAAUCAGUAAAGAUCUGUUUUGUAUUAUUAUUAUUAUUACACAAGGUGUACAUUCUCAACUACAUAGAAUUAGAAAAGAGCUGCCAAUUUAUGACAUGGGCAUCAUAAGUGGCAGAGCAAAGGGCUGUGUGGGCACGCCUUGGCAGGAGCAGAAAGCUUGGGAACCAGGGUAUCCCUGUCUCUUCUACAUUGUGCUGUUCCCGCUCCCAGUAGAAGCAAAGCCACACUAGGGACCCGGGAAGUAGGGUGAAAAAGGAAGAGGGAAUUCAGACAGGGUGGUUGAUAGGUUGAAAGUAGACAGAAGACUGAACAGCAGAGAUCUACAUACAAGAUGAUAAUAGUACCUAUCAUUUUCUUUUCAAUAUUUAUUAAAAGAUAAUCUGGGAAGUAUUUGCUGCUAGCUGUGUUGACAGGGCAUUCUUUUCUCCGGAAGACUGAAAGAGCCAAUAAGUGAGCAAUUUUAGAUGCCCAGAGAUUUAGAUUGUGCUGUUUGGAUUUUUUCCCCUCCCAGUGCAUUUCAAAUGUCAAACAGAUACAUCUUCCCAUCUAUAGCUGUACUACAACUCCCAUUAUCCCUAGCUAGCAGAACCCAGUGAUCAGGGAUGAGGGGAACUGUAGUCCAAAAAACAGCAGGCAACCCAAGUUUGGGAAGCACUGUGCUGUUUUGCCAUAUAUGUAACAUGUUACAACAACUUAGUUGCGCCAAUGGAAAACAUCUAACUAAAUAUCUCUCAGCUCACAGUCUUAUUAAACGCUUGCCAAAUUACAAAGGUAUUGCAAAGAAAAGAGGUUGCGAAAGAGGCUGAAUAAGAAUAUGAAUAUUUUAGCACCACCUCAAUUGUCAACUCAAUUACAGCAGUUCUAAUUGAUUUAUCCAUGAUCUCUGUGUACAUGUCCUCCUUCACUAAGACUUCCGAACAUCAGUGAUGAGCACUAUGGAUACUUCCUCAUUAUCUCUAUGAUCUCCAUAAACAUGCGCUCAGUUGCAUCAAUUUCCCAGAUAAAAUCUAGGUGGUUCCAUUCGGGAAUAUGCUUUGCAUAAAUGAUGUUACUAAAUAAUGAGCACAAUAAUUCUACACCCGAUGGGUGUGCAAGCAAGUCUUGCCUUCUAGUCCAUAAUGUAAUUGGUAUUUGUAUAUCUUCUAUCUUAUAGGCAGGGAAUGUUGUCUAGGGAUAAAACAUGUGAUGAUGCCAGGUUUUCAAAAGAAUAUAGAAAUUUCUCCAAGGGAGCCAGGACAGACAGAAGACUGAACAACAGAGAUUUGCAACAUUAUUGACAGAAUAAAUCGUAUUUCCUGAUAUUUAUUAGAAAGGUAACCUGAGAAAUAUUUGCUGCCUGGUGUGUGAUCAGCCAUUUUUUCCUGCAGAAGAUUGAAGAAACCCAGGAAACAACUAAUUAAAUUUGUUUUCUCCUCUGACCGACAACACAAGAGUAAGGUAGAAAGCAGUGGGUUCCCCCCCUUGGGGGUACUCAAGGGUACGUAGUACCAGAACCUUUUAACUAGAAGAAAAGCACUAAGAAAAAGAAAUCCCAAGAUGAUUUAUGUCAGUGUUUCCCAAACUUGGGUCUCCAGCUGAUUUUGGACUACAACUCCCUGUCGGGAACCAGGCGUGGGGCAGGAACGACCCCCCAGGCAUCACACAGGAAUGAAAACAGCCUUUCUCUCUCCCAGACGUCUUGAUGACCCAUGCCUUGUUGUUGACACCGGGCACAUAUAAAUAAAUCUUGCAGAGUAAACACAAUGGAGUGAGACAGAGGUUUGUGCUAUUAAGCUACUUUUAUUACUACGUAAAAGUCAGAACAAAGGAAAGCAUGUCUUCUCUCGCUGAGAGAAGUCCGAAGAAGAAAAACAAAAAAUGGAAACAGAAUAUAGCAUCACAUCCGUUCCCAUGAUCCAACAGUCUUUUGCUAGAAUGCAUAACAGAAUCUGCAUUGUGACUGCAUUGUGACUGUACAGUGGAGGAAUAUAAACCCAACACUCCCAUCAUCCCUAGCUAGCAGACAGGGGCGUAGCGAGGCAUGGUGACACCCGGGGCAGCAAAUUGCCAUGCACCCGGGUGGGCGUGGCGUCGCAUGGGUCGUUACGUGGUGGGGUAUUGCCACCCCCUCGCACCCCCAAAGCCACGCGCCUCGCUCCAGCUACAA